AUGCCUAUGCUCAAAGACCCCUCCAAGAAAUACAAGCGGUUUAAGCCGUUGAACCUCCCAGACCGGACAUGGCCAAACAAGACAAUCGAUAAGCCUCCUCGUUGGCUAGCAACCGACCUGCGAGAUGGUAACCAAAGCUUGGUAGACCCAAUGGACGGAAAUCAAAAAUGGAAGUACUUCAAUAUGCUCGUUGAGCUCGGCUACAAGGAGAUUGAAGUGUCAUUCCCAUCUGCGUCACAGACCGAUUUUGACUUUACUCGUAGAGUAAUCGAAACCCCGGGAACUGUCCCCGAUGAUGUUUGGAUCCAAGUGCUUUCUCCGUGUCGAGAGGAUCUCAUCCGCCGCACAGUUGAUUCCUUGAAAGGUGCAAAGAAGGCCAUCCUUCAUCUCUACCUGGCUACUAGCGACUGCUUCCGCAAGAUCGUAUUCGGUAUGACGAAAGAGCAGAGUUUGGCAUUGGCCGUCAAGUGUACAAAAUACGCUCGGUCUAUCACCAAGGAUGAUCCGUCAACGGCGGGAACAGAAUGGCAAUACGAGUUUUCUCCCGAAACAUUCUCUGACACCGACCCAGACUAUGUCGUUGAGGUUUGUGAAGCUGUCAAAGCCGCCUGGGGUCCAACGGAGGAGCAUCCUAUGAUUUUCAACUUGCCUGCCACAGUCGAGAUGUCCACACCAAAUGUCUAUGCUGAUCAAAUCGAGUUUUUCUGUCGCAACAUGACCGAGCGCAACAAGUUUGCUGUCUCUCUCCACCCUCAUAACGACCGUGGCUGCGCUGUUGCAGCUGCUGAGCUUGCCCAGAUGGCCGGAGCAGACCGAGUUGAGGGCACUUUGUUCGGCAAUGGAGAGCGAACAGGCAAUGUUGACUUGGUCACCCUGGCACUGAACCUUUACACCCAGGGCAUCCAUCCAGGAAUUGAUUUCUCAGAUCUCAACUCAGUCAUCAAGGUUGUUGAAGAGAGCAAUAAGAUCCCAGUCAACGAACGCUGGCCCUAUGGAGGUCAGUUGGUGGUAUGUGCCUUUAGUGGUAGUCAUCAAGACGCCAUCAAAAAGGGCUUUGUUGCUCGUGAAACCGCCAAUAGUAGUGUCGAGGAUCGUUGGGAAAUUCCCUACCUUCCCCUGGACCCGCAAGACAUUGGUCGAACAUACGAGGCCGUCAUUCGCGUCAACUCCCAAAGUGGCAAAGGCGGUGCUGCGUGGAUCAUCCUCAAGGGUCUGGAACUCGAUCUCCCGCGUGGAUUACAAGUUGAAUUCAGUCAGAUUGUUCAAAAAGAAACCGAGAAACUCAGCCGUGAGCUCCGCCCAAGCGAAAUUGUGUCUCUGUUCGAAAAUGCCUAUCACCUAAAGACAAACCCCCGUUUCACUCUGAUCGAUUACAAUAUCACCACCGAUCGAUCACAGUCACCAGCACCACCGGAGCCUGGCAAGGUGCUCAACACACGGAACCUGAACCGUCGGUUUACAGGAAUUAUUGAGAUUGACGGCGCCCAACAUCCCAUUACCGGUGUUGGCCCAGGUGCCAUCUCCUCGUUGGCCAAUGCACUUGCUACUUUGGGCAUUGAUCUCGACGUGCAAGACUAUAAGGAACAUUCUAUUGGUGUUGGAAGGGAUGUUCGUGCUGCUACUUAUAUCCAGUGCACGGCUGCUCGAUCCAAAGAGGUAGUCUGGGGUGUUGGUAUCCAUCAAGACGUCGUUCAAGCCAGUUUAAUUGCACUUCUGAGUGCUGCUAGCUCUUUCCUCACAUCCAGCGCCGGAUCACCAGCUCCAUUCCGCCCUGUGCGAUCCAACACCCUAACCGAUGAAGAUAUCCAAGCUAUCGAGCACCUCUCAUCAAGCGCUCGCAAACCAGAUGAACAGGAUAAACAGGCGGUCGCAGAUGGUGUGCAUCAACAAAAGACUGAUAUUGAGAAACUCGAAAAGCAGGUUCAGGAAUUGUAA